AUGGCAUUUUCCCGAUUUUCUUUAGAACUAAAAAUAUGCCUGACUGGUCAAGCACAACUGGGACCCCCCAUCCCCCCGACCCCCCACAUAGCAUGUAUAAUUAAGACCAUGAAUAUUUGCAUAGCAAGCAUACAAAUGCAAAUUCUAAGCCAAAUCUAUCAUUAAUUUUAAGAAUAAAAUUGUUACAUAUAAAUAUAGUUAGGGUAUCUGAUAUCUUCAUCGUUAAAAAAUAGUUGAUAGAUAUAAAUUUUCUUUAGUACCAAGCAGAAUAUGUAGAUAUUUAUUUAAGUAUAGCUUCUGAAUAAAUGCUUUGAAUUAGAUAAUUAUUGACAUUAGAUAAGGUAUUUAAUAUAAAUGAAAGUUUUUCUCUUAUUUUUUAUUACAAUUUUUUGCCUAAAGUUAGAGAAAGAUGUAAAGAAAGAAGUAUAUUUUAUUUAAAUUGAAUAUGAAUAUUUAAAGAUUUCAUGCAAUUAAAGUUAAGGUGGAGAGAAAUUAUAUUAAACCGAAGUAAAUGAAUAUUAAUAAUAAUAAUAAUAAUAAUAAUAAUAAUAAUAAUAAUAAUAAUAAUAAUAAUAAUAAUAAUAAUAAUAAUAAUAAUAAUAAUAAUAAUAAUAAUAAUAAUAAUAAUAAUAAUAAUAAUAAUAAUAAUAAUAAUAAUAAUAAUAAUAAUAAUAAUAAUAAUAAUAAUAAUAAUAAUAAUAAUAAUAAUAAUAAUAAUAAUAAUAAUAAUAAUAAUAAUAAUAAUAAUAAUAAUAAUAAUAAUAAUAAUAAUAAUAAUAAUAAUAAUAAUAUAAUAAUAAUAAUAAUAAUAAUAAUAAUAAUAAUAAUAAUAAUAAUAAUAAUAAUAAUAAUAAUAAUAAUAAUAAUAAUAAUAAUAAUAAUAAUAAUAAUAAUAAUAAUAAUAAUAAUAAUAAAUAAUAAUAAUAAUAAUAAUAAUAAUAAUAAUAAUAAUAAUAAUAAUAAUAAUAAUAAUAAUAAUAAUAAUAAUAAUAAUAAUAAUAAUAAUAAUAAUAAUAAUAAUAAUAAUAAUAAUAAUAAUAAUAAUAAUAAUAAUAAUAAUAAUAAUAAUAAUAAUAAUAAUAAUAUAAUAAUAAUAAUAAUAAUAAUAAUAAUAAUAAUAAUAAUAAUAAUAAUAAUAAUAAUAAUAAUAAUAAUAAUAAUAAUAAUAAUAAUAAUAAUAAUAAUAAUAAUAAUAAUAAUAAUAAUAAUAAUAAUAAUAAUAAUAAUAAUAAUAAUAAUAAUAAUAAUAAUAAUAAUAAUAAUAAUAAUAAUAAUAAUAAUAAUAAUAAUAAUAAUAAUAAUAAUAAUAAUAAUAAUAAUAAUAAUAAUAAUAAUAAUAAUAAUAAUAAUAAUAAUAAUAAUAUAAUAAUAAUAAUAAUAAUAAUAAUAAUAAUAAUAAUAAUAAUAAUAAUAAUAAUAAUAAUAAUAAUAAUAAUAAUAAUAAUAAUAAUAAUAAUAUAAUAAUAAUAAUAAUAAUAAUAAUAAUAAUAAUAAUAAUAAUAAUAAUAAUAAUAAUAAUAAUAAUAAUAAUAAUAAUAAUAAUAAUAAUAAUAAUAAUAAUAAUAAUAAUAAUAAUAUAAUAAUAAUAAUAAUAAUAAUAAUAAUAAUAAUAAUAAUAAUAAUAAUAAUAAUAAUAAUAAUAAUAAUAAUAAUAAUAAUAAUAAUAAUAAUAAUAAUAUAAUAAUAAUAAUAAUAAUAAUAAUAAUAAUAAUAAUAAUAAUAAUAAUAAUAAUAAUAAUAAUAAUAAUAAUAAUAAUAAUAAUAAUAAUAAUAAUAAUAAUAAUAAUAAUAAUAAUAAUAAUAAUAAUAAUAAUAAUAAUAAUAAUAAUAAUAAUAAUAAUAAUAAUAAUAAUAAUAAUAAUAAUAAUAAUAAUAAUAAUAAUAAUAAUAAUAAUAAUAAUAAUAAUAAUAAUAAUAAUAAUAAUAAUAAUAAUAAUAAUAAUAAUAAUAAUAAUAAUAAUAAUAAUAAUAAUAAUAAUAAUAAUAAUAAUAAUAAUAAUAAUAAUAAUAAUAAUAAUAAUAAUAAUAAUAAUAAUAAUAAUAAUAAUAAUAAUAAUAAUAAAUAAUAAUAAUAAUAAUAAUAAUAAUAAUAAUAAUAAUAAUAAUAAUAAUAAUAAUAAUAAUAAUAAUAAUAAUAAUAAUAAUAAUAAUAAUAAUAAUAAUAAUAAUAAUAAUAAUAAUAAUAAUAAUAAUAAUAAUAAUAAUAAUAAUAAUAAUAAUAAUAAUAAUAAUAAUAAUAAUAAUAAUAAUAAUAAUAAUAAUAAUAAUAAUAAUAAUAAUAAUAAUAAUAAUAAUAAUAAUAAUAAUAAUAAUAAUAAUAAUAAUAAUAAUAAUAAUAAUAAUAAUAAUAAUAAUAAUAAUAAUAAUAAUAAUAAUAAUAAUAAUAAUAAUAAUAAUAAUAAUAAUAAUAAUAAUAAUAAUAAUAAUAAUAAUAAUAAUAAUAAUAAUAAUAAUAAUAAUAAUAAUAAUAAUAAUAAUAAUAAUAAUAAUAAUAAUAAUAAUAAUAAUAAUAAUAAUAAUAAUAAUAAUAAUAAUAAUAAUAAUAAUAAUAAUAAUAAUAAUAAUAAUAAUAAUAAUAAUAAUAAUAAUAAUAAUAAUAAUAAUAAUAAUAAUAAUAAUAAUAAUAAUAAUAAUAAUAAUAAUAAUAAUAAUAAUAAUAAUAAUAAUAAUAAUAAUAAUAAUAAUAAUAAUAAUAAUAAUAAUAAUAAUAAUAAUAAUAAUAAUAAUAAUAAUAAUAAUAAUAAUAAUAAUAAUAAUAAUAAUAAUAAUAAUAAUAAUAAUAAUAAUAUAAUAAUAAUAAUAAUAAUAAUAAUAAUAAUAAUAAUAAUAAUAAUAAUAAUAAUAAUAAUAAUAAUAAUAAUAAUAAUAAUAAUAAUAAUAAUAAUAAUAAUAAUAAUAAUAAUAAUAAUAAUAAUAAUAAUAAUAAUAAUAAUAAUAAUAAUAAUAAUAAUAAUAAUAAUAAUAAUAAUAAUAAUAAUAAUAAUAAUAAUAAUAAUAAUAAUAAUAAUAAUAAUAAUAAUAAUAAUAAUAAUAAUAAUAAUAAUAAUAAUAAUAAUAAUAAUAAUAAUAAUAAUAAUAAUAAUAAUAAUAAUAAUAAUAAUAAUAAUAAUAAUAAUAAUAAUAAUAAUAAUAAUAAUAAUAAUAAUAAUAAUAAUAAUAAUAAUAAUAAUAAUAAUAAUAAUAAUAAUAAUAAUAAUAAUAAUAAUAAUAAUAAUAAUAAUAAUAAUAAUAAUAAUAAUAAUAAUAAUAAUAAUAAUAAUAAUAAUAAUAAUAAUAAUAAUAAUAAUAAUAAUAAUAAAUAAAAUAAUAAUAAUAAUAAUAAUAAUAAUAAUAAUAAAUAAUAAUAAUAAUAAUAAUAAUAAUAAUAAUAAUAAUAAUAAUAAUAAUAAUAAUAAUAAUAAUAAUAAUAAAUAAUAAUAAUAAUAAUAAUAAUAAUAAUAAUAAUAAUAAUAAUAAUAAUAAUAAUAAUAAAUAAUAAUAAUAAUAAUAAUAAUAAUAAUAAUAAUAAUAAUAAUAAUAAUAAUAAUAAUAAUAAUAAUAAUAAUAAUAAUAAUAAUAAUAAUAAUAAUAAUAAUAAUAAUAAUAAUAAUAAUAAUAAUAAUAAUAAUAAUAAUAAUAAUAAUAAUAAUAAUAAUAAUAAUAAUAAUAAUAAUAAUAAUAAUAAUAAUAAUAAUAAUAAUAAAUAAUAAUAAUAAUAAUAAUAAUAAUAAUAAUAAUAAUAAUAAUAAUAAUAAUAAUAAUAAUAAUAAUAAUAAUAAUAAUAAUAAAAUAAUAAUAAUAAUAAUAAUAAUAAUAAUAAUAAUAAUAAUAAUAAUAAUAAUAAUAAUAAUAAUAAUAAUAAUAAUAAUAAUAAUAAUAAUAAUAAUAAUAAUAAUAAUAAUAAUAAUAAUAAUAAUAAUAAUAAUAAUAAUAAUAAUAAUAAUAAUAAUAAUAAUAAUAAUAAUAAUAAGGAUUUUUGACUGAAUGGCAUAUAAAUGGUCAACACAAAACAGAAUAAGUAUGAAUCCCGAAGUAGGGGACAAGAGAAUCCAUCCAGAAUCGCCAAAGAAUUCAAAAAAGUAGAAAGCGCUUUCCAUAGAGUGCACUCCUUAUGAAGUGCAUGUGCCAAGCUAUAUAGCAUUAAAUUGAUUUUAUAAACAAAGGGUAGAAUGUGUAUCAUGAAUAAAUUAAAAAAGAGGUAAGCCUGCUCCACAUAAUAAUAUUUCAUCUAACGUAUUAAUUAAAGGAAUAUUAUAUGGAGACCAUAUGCGGAAUUCAUAAAUUAUUAUAUUUUUAUAAUUUAUUAAAUGCUUUAACUUUUUUUGAUGCAUAUAUUUUUUUUAUAAUUAUCACAAUUCGCUAUCUUUUUGCUAAUAUCCCAGUGACUGUAUGCCUGACAACUAAAAUACAAAUCUAUAAAAAUGAAAAGGCAGAAGACAAGCAAUACGCAGAAGAAGAAGGAUAAGAAGAAUAAGAAGAAUAAGAAUAAGUCCAACGAAAAAGGAGAAAUGCUUGAAUCUGAUAAUAAGGCAGGUGCAAAAUUGACUUUAGAACCUAAGGAUAUAAAAGAAGAGAACGAGCCUACCCAGGAAGAGUCAAAAGAUUAUAUGAUACUGGAAAAGCACGAAUCAGAUCCAUUAAAAACUCUUUUGGCUAUUUAUUCGUUUAACGAUGAGCAAUAUCAAAGCAACGCCCUACAAUUAAUAAUCCAGAAAAAAGAUAAUUCCACUACUCUAGAAUUUGAGCAAACUGGAUUUUCUUAUACAAAUCCUUUUGAUAAGAAAAAAAUCUGGCUUUAUAAAGUGGGUUAUUAUCCCUAUAGUGGGUGCAGUCCAUAUUUUAAGAUAAGCUUAAAAAAGCACAGAGUCUUAUUAGCAGAUCUCAUUCACUAUGAAAAAGAUGAGUGUAUCAGGGUCUUUCCGGAUGAAAAUUUCGCCUUCAUUUUCAAUUUAAUGUUCGUUCCAAAUUCAGGAAUCAUAAAAUCCCAGCCAGCCGGAGCUGCAGUCAUGGAUUCAUUAAUACACCUUAUAUGCUAUUCUUAUUAUUUACUUGAACAAAGUGAUUGAACUCUGACUUUUCCAAUUCUUGCUGGACAAUUUUUAAGUUAUUGCAUGAAUCCUAUUGCUACUAAAGAUACCAGUCUAGAAUUAAUCAAAUUAAUUAGCACUGCUAUCGAAUAUAUACAUGCCGAUAGAAUUGAUGAAGGCUGCUUAGCAAUCUUAUCAUUAUUAGGGUGCUUUCCACAUAAUAUCCAUUCUUAUCAAAUCGCUAAAAUAGAUAACACUGAUACCUUUUUAAGUUUUCUUGGAAAUUCUAUAUCAUCUACUUUAGAAAAAUUAAAAAAUUUACAGCAUUACCCCGCAGCAAUUCAAGGAUUGACACAUAUGAUGAUAUUUUCAAAAUUUUCAAAUAAGGAUGAAUGAAAAAUGAUUUUGGGUCAUAUAGAAAAUAUAUUAAUUAAAAUGACAUAUUUUUAUUCUAUAAAAUAAAAAAGCUAUUUAUCUCUGCUAUAGAGUGCUUGCUGCAAAUUAAAAAUAUGCAAUCUUUGCAAAUAGUGUACUGAAAUAAAAGAAGAAGUCAUUGAAAAAUUUAUUAAAAAUUCUGAGUCGCAUCUUCAUUUAAAUUUCAAUGAUUGCGAAGUUUUAUUUGAGAUAAUUGGGAAUUUAGAAGAAAAUAAAAUUAUUGAUUAUUCACUUAAAAUAGCAUUUUUAUGCGAAAAUUUUUCUGACUUCGUUGUGUUACUGAAAACUAUUAUUUACAAAAGAGGAACUGAUAUCAAUCUGGAUGAAUGGUUCGAGAAAUAUUGAAAUCAGCAAGAAUUAAUUGUAUUCAUCAACAGAUAUAUAAGUAAAAAUUAUUUUCUAAAAACAGACGAAAUUGCAAAGACACUUGAAGUUUUGCAUGCCAUGCCUUCUUCUUUUAAAAUUUUAUUUUACGAAUCUAGUUUAGCAAACUUGAUAAAUGCCAAAAUAAAAGAUCCCUACCCUAUAACCGACAGCACUCUAAUUGAUUUAAAGAGCAUAUAUAAAGAUUAUUUUGACGCUCAAUUAGUUGAUCCUGAAACAGCAAAAUCUGCUUGCUCAUCCUUAAUAAGGCAAGGAAAAUGUCUAUUUUCAGAUAUUUUUCAAUCUUUUGAACUUGAUGAAGAAAUAUGAAAAGAAAAAUUCAUGGAGUGAUUGAAUACAUUACUUCCAUUUGAAAGCAGUUAUUAUAGAGACCAAAUAUUCAUUUUUGACUCAGAGAUCUUACGCAUGCCUAACGAUGAAAAAGAUAAAAAAUAUUUUUGUAGAGAGUUUAUAAAUUUGCUAGGUGCUCGCUCUAAAUAUAAACGUAUAAGCCUUCUGAGCUAUAUUCCAGAGUUUAAUCGGUGCAAUACAAAACUUUUAAAGGAAGCCUACAGCAACUAUUGCUAUCAGAAUGUUCUGAACAAUUAUGAUAAAGAUCAAAUAAAAACUUUAGAGUAUUAUCAAGCAAAUGAAAAGGACAAUGAACUGGCAACUGCGUUUUUAGCCUAUAAAAUUGCUAUAACUGAAGGUGACAAUGUUUCUGAAAAUGCUAUUGAAGAGCAUUUAUUUUGCAAUCCUUCAUUGAAUCAUUUUUGGUGUUUGCUUAUAAGGUUUUUUGAUAAUUUUCAAAAUUUAAGGUAUGUGACAGCAUUAGUUAACGCCAUUACAGAAUCAGCAGAAAAUAUUGUUCAAGGCAAAGUGAAAAUUAAAAAUUUAUUGGCAAUUAAAAGUCAUAGCGAAAAUCAAAGAGAGGCUUUUAAUUUCUAUAUACAAAGUUGCUUACAAAUUAAGAAUAGAGAAAAUAUUGAUUUCUUUGGGAAUCUCGAAAAUAAUAUAUUCCAGAAAUUAGAUGUAAUCAAAGUUUACAUUAAUGUUUUAAGAACUUAUAUCGAUAUAGUCUGCAAUGAUGUAGAAGAUCGUGAUAACUUGGAAACCUUAUAUCGUAAUUCCACUCAGGAUUAUUUAGAAGCAGAUAUUGUUGAUUUCGGAUUUCAUGAAGACUUAGUUUCGUUGCUAAAUGUUAUUAGGGAUAUCGUCCCUGUGAUAAACUCAUCAAUUUAUCUAAAUUAUUAUCUUCCUUUAGAAAAAGAAAAGGAGCAAUCAAUUACUUCAAAAAAUGUUGGAGAAAUAAGUAAAAUUGCCUAUGAAUCAAUGAUAAGUGAUUUCAAUGAAAUUAUGACUGAUAUAAAGAAGUAUUCAGUUGCGAAAAUUAUUGCGAUUUUUGAAAAAGUCAAUGAUUUUGAAAAAGGGUGAGGUUAAAUAAAGCUCACUGCACUUUUUUCAACCCUCUCCCUAUGCCCUAUUUAAAUGACUGUUAUUUGUAAAAAUAAUUUUUUUGGUAUGAAAAAGUACAAAUAGUGCUUUAUGAAUUGUUCUAAACAGGUAAAAAAAAAAUCAUGAUAGAAAGCAUCUUUUGAUCAAUAAAAUAACUGCUCAUAAUAUCUGGCAAUUCCUAUAUAAUAGCUAAUUGAAAUAUAUUUAUAAAAAUUCAUUACUCAAUAAUCUUUUCAAUAUAGAGCUUGAGCUGACCUAGAGGUACUGAAAUUAACUUUUCGCAUGCAUAAUUAUAGUUUAUGAGCAAAUGGUUUCUGAAAAAUUUCAAUUUAAAAAUAAAAAAACUAUCCAAAGGUGAGUUGCAUUCAACAUCUUGGCUUUUGAAUUUAUUGGGCAAAGUGGCUCAAUGCUUAAAUUUACAAUAGGUUCAAUUUCUUACCAAAAAGACAUUUUGAUAUUGACUCCAAGAAGGGCGCAUUUCGACCAUGAAAGGGUUUAAAAUAUUAAAAUUUUGCAUAUAAAAAUCGAUAGCACUUUUUUUUCUCUGAUAUUUUUUCCUUUAAAUUGCACCAUUAGAAAUUUUUAUACUCCCAUCCUCUAGCUAAUUCUACUUAAUUUUAAUAAGCUUGCUUUUUAAAACAUAAAUUUUACAAAUUAAUAUUUGAUUUCCAUAUUUGCGAAUUGGGAAUUUUUUAAAUUUAGAAAAAAAAAUUUACAAUAAAUAAAAUUUUUAUAAAAAAUUAACCCCUGAACAAAAUUUUUUGUUCGUCGGGGGUAGUUAGAUUUUUUUUAUUCCUUUUUCGUAUAUGAAAAAAUCGUAUACUUUUUUCAUACAUUUUAAAUAAUUUAUUUCAUAACUACCUUUCUUGCAUUUCUUUAUAGCUUUGGAUCCUCUAUUAUAUAAUAUUUAUUAUGCAAUCCCAUCUUGAGCUUUCUCUGCUUAAAAUUGCUUAGUUUGAUAGAAUAUAGAUUUUUUAUAUGUACUUUUUCCUCUAAUUUUGCUGUUUUAGAACCGUUACUUUUUUUUAUCUGUUUAGAAAAUUCAAAAAACACAAUUUGUAAUUUUUUCAUACAAAAAAAACAUUUUUGAAAAUUACAGUUUUUUUAGGUUUAUUUAACUUGUCCAUGAAAAAGAAAUUUCACUUAUAAAUUCAAUUUUCAAUCCAAAUCAAGAAACGAUUGAGUUUUUCGGGUGAUGCCUUUACUUCAUCAAAAGUAAAAACAAUUAUCUAAGAGCCUGCGAAAGCCUAAUUAAACUUCAAACUUUGAUUGAUUUUAAUGAUCAAGCUUAUAUAAAAAUAUGCAAUAAAUAUACAAGCUUCAUUAAAAAUAUAAACAAAAGAAGCCUUGCUAGUUUUUUUAAAAUUUCAGACAGUUUAAGAAGCAAUUUAUAUAUGUACAUUGAUCAAGAAAGAGAAGACAAAUUAAUUUCAGUGCUUGAUGAAUUAUCUAAAUCAGAAGAUCUUAUAAAGUUUGCUUCAAGAGUAAGAGAAAAUGAACUAGAGCAGCUAAAAGAAAGCGUUAAUGAUUAUGAUGAUAUGUAUGUAACCACACAAGUGAUUCUAGAUUUUGAGUUUUUGUGGUACUUUUUUAAAGAAAUAGCGAAAACUACAGAUUCUUAUAAAACGAUGGCUUUGUUUAUACUUGAGAAAAUUGAUGGUAGAGAAGGAAAAUUGAAAGAAAAGUUCUCGAACUGCAGAAUAAAUCUUCCAGGAAUAAAAGAACUCCAUAAUGUACUGAACUGCAAAGAGGAAGCCAAGCAAAAGCAAAUUAUUGGAAUUGUAAAGAAAUCGACAUUUGAAAUCAUUUCUGUUGGAGACAGUUAUGAUGUAAAUCUGACAUAUGAAAAGAAUGAUAAACAAACAUUUAACCUAGUAAAUUUGCUUGAAUUAAGAGACAGGUCUCUGCUAUUAAUUCAUACCAAGACCCAUUCAAAGCAAGAAGAAAAUGGUGACACAGACAUGGCUUAUUACUCUCAGUUUAAUCAGUAUUCUUUAUCAAUCCAAAAUAUUUUGGCAAACUUAAAAAAUCUAGAUGUAUAUGGGUAUCCGAAUUCUCAAUGUCCUAAAAAAAUUUUUUCGUGCAUAGAUGGAAAAUACGAUGAAGUUGAGCAGUUUGAAAAAGAUCUUCUUGAGAUCUUCAGCAAUUGAGAAAAAAACUUAGUUGGCCAUUAUAAGUCAAAUUAUUAUCUAUCAUUCAUGAAUGGCAAACAAUUUUGGACAUUAGAAAAAUAUAUAAUCCUAACUCUUUCUCCUAAGAAUCAGAAAGAGAUAAGCUAUCCUAAUUAUAGGCUAUUAAACCCUUCAAAAACUUUAGCUGAUGAAGUUCAUUUAAAAUUGAAAGGAUAAAUUUGAUAAGCUAAAUUAACGGUUCCUUCAAAUUGUUUAAAAUGGGAAUUAAAAUUCAAAUAAGUUUUUGAUUAACAUUAUAUAUCAAAGAUUAAUUCCGUUUCAUAAUUGUGAAUGAUCAAAUAGAUAUUUACCUUGAGCAGGAGGAGUAAAAGACCAAACAUACAGAAGAAAAGCAGAAAAUUUAUUGACAUUUAUGGGAAAGCAGUCUUAUUUUGCAGAAAUUGAACACAUUAGAGUCAAUGAAGACGUUGAAAGCCGACUUCAGCUCCUGGCAAUAUUAUUAGAUCAAAUACCAAAUUUGGAAGAUAUAAGAAUUGAUAACGAAUAUGAGAUUGCCCCGCGUUCAGUUAUUUCCCAAAACAAUGGUGAAAUUCUUUAUAUAGAAACCUCAAAACUAAUCAAUGCAGUGAUUUCAGCUUAUAUAAACUCCAGAAAUAAAUUGCCUAGAGCAGACCAGGUAUUUUUUUGCCAGUAUGCAACUCAUUGAAAAGAUUUAUUAUCAUUCUUCCAUAGAUGCUUUUUAAAUAAAAAUGGCGAGCUUUAUUUGCUGAUUAAUUGCGAAAAUUUAUCAUUGGAAAAUCAAAAUAAGGCUAAGGCAUUAUUCACUCAACUUAUUUUUGACCGUGUAGGCGAUCUUCAGUUUAGACUUGGAAUCAUAACUUCUGACCCAAGAUCAUCUUUGUCGUCUUAUUUUAAGUAUCUUGAUUCGCCUAGAGUUAUUAAUCUUCGAGAGAGCCAGAUAUUGAUUGAUGAAAAACUUAGCCUCAUUAUGCAUUUAGAAGAUAAAAAUAGCAUUGUUUAUACCUCUGCGUCUGCUGGAUUGGGGAAAACUACCGCCAUACGAUCUAUGGCUAAUAACGAAGGGGAAAAGCUUGUAACGUUUCCUAUAUUAGGAGAUAUUGAUUGCAUUGAUAUCUCCAAUAGAUUUUCUAUUAUAGAUCUUAACGAAGACUGUAUUUUGCACCUUCAAUUAAGUUUUGUUAGCAAUGCAGCUCUAUUAAAUGAAAUUCUCAUGAACAUUUGUUUAUUUAGAACUCUAAACUAUACAGAAGAUAUUAUAAUUUUCCCAAAAGACAUGCUAAUUUGUAUUGAAGUUGCUAACACGUAUGACAAUAUGCUUUACAACUCUAUCGACUAUUUGAAAUAUUUAAGAUGAGUUCACAAUUAUGAUGGCAGAUAGGGGUAAAACCCUGGCCAUACAACCGAGCUCAGAUAAUGAAGUUUACACUUUCUUGAGGGUUCUGGCACAAAUAUAGUGAUCUACACUGGGAGUUGGUGACAUGGGCUAGGUCGGUCUUACAAACCGUUAUUUAGAGCUGUCAAUCCAAGCUAAGACCGCAAAAAUCUGGGAUUUGAAGCUAGGUAAUCUUAAUAGCAUUAGCAUUAACAUUAAGAUGCGUUCAUAUCAAUGGCUUAGACCUCAACGAACUAAUAGUGAAUUCUGAUCAUUCCGAUAAACUUCAAUUUAUAGCCAGAUAUCUGAAAUUAUACGAGACUGGCAGAAUUGAAGCUCAAAGCGUUAAUGAGAACCAUUUUAAUUUUACAAAUAAAGAAAGCGCAAUUGCUCUCUUGCUCCUCCCUCCAUGAGUGAACAAAAUCAUUGAAAAAAUCUCUAUUUUUUGUAUAAAAAACCCACCGUCCGUAACAAAAUAUUUAAUUCUUAUAAGCAGCUUAAAUUUUAUGAUAAAAAAAUUUACAAAUAAAUUAAUGUUUCUUUAAAAUUAUUUCGAAAAAAUGGAAUUUUUUAAAAUUUUUAAAAAAAAUUAACUUCUAUGUAAGCGAGCAAAAUUUUUUUGGUUCGCUCACGUAGAGAAGAAGUUAACAAGAUACUUCAUCGAUAAGCAAGCCGAUAAAGAGCAGAUUACUUAUACGCAAAUCAGUGUCUUUAUAAACAUUCUUGAUAGGCUAUUGAGAAAUUUUGGAAGAAGCCCUUUCGAUCCAGAAAUAAUAAGAACAAUUAUGAAUGACUUGGUAUACAAUAACCUUGAAUUUUUAAUUAAGGAAUUCGAGAAUUUCAGGGCCACAAUAAUAGAUGCAUUGCUACUUACUACAGAAGAGUUUACUACAAAAAGCAUUAAGAAUGUUAGAAGAUCUCAGUUUAAAGCUUCACAAAAUCUAUGAAAAAAUGAAGAAAUACAAGACAAUCAAGAAGAUUUUGCAAAUGCUUUUCAGUGCACGUUGACAUGGGAAAACUCCAAUCAUUUCACUAUGAUCUUUUUAGAAGACGGAUCAUUUGUUCCAAUAUACCGAAAUAAAGACCAAGUUCCAGAAAGCAUAAGAAAAUUGAUUUUCUGACAGCACAAUUAUAACAGACCAGGGGAAGAGCUUGCCAAAUUGAUAGAAUCUCAAGAAUAUGAAAUCGAUGACUAUGCCAAUAUGUCUCAUAAUGGAUUGCUCCAGAAGCUUCAAACCUACAAUAAGCAUGGAAAAGAUCUUGUGUUGGAAUAUUCAAAUUCUCGAUAUAUCAUGACUCCAGAUAAUUUCUUAAAAAUGAAUUUGAUUUACCUAAGAACUCAAUCAAAUAUUCCAGUAAUUAUCAUGGGUGAGACAGGGUGCGGAAAGACCUCACUGAUUCAAUUUUUCGUCGAAGAAGUCUUACUUCCCAUCCCCCCUUUAAUUUUGAACAAACAACCUGUUCCAAAUUUCAAGGUGGGUUAAUAUUUUUUUAAAAUAAAUUUUCUAAAUUGAACUUAAUAUUUUGUUUAUAAGCAUUAAUUAAAAAAAUUAAUCUAUUUAAUGUGAAAACUGUUUAAAUAAUAGUCUAAUUGCAGUUUUUCAUUAAAUUAGGCCAAAAGUAAUUUUAAAAAUUAGUAUUUUCACCAAAAAAUGUUUAUUGAAAAAAAUAUUUGUCCCAAUUUAAAGCACUAAAAAAAAGGAAAUUUUACCGAUAUUUGUUUCCAGUUUAAAACGGGAGGGGAAUUAGGAAAUCAAUUGAUAAAAAUAAGCAUCCAUGCAGGAGUUACAUCAAAGGAAAUUAAAGAAAAAAUGGGAAAAUUAGUUGAAUUAGCAUAUGACAUAGGCAGCGAAGAAAAAUUGUGAAUAUUCUUUGACGAAUUUAAUACAACUGAUAGCAUAGGGCUAAUAUGUGAGAUUAUGUGCGAGCGAAGUAUAGAGGGCGAUUCUUUGCCUGAUAAUAUGGCAUUUUUAGGUGCCUGCAAUCCCUAUAGAGUUUCUUGUAGAAAAGCUACAUACGAAGAAAAUGUUGGAAUCAAAAAAGCUAAUGCAAAAAUCAGCAAAUUAAUGCAUAUUGUUAAGCCGCUUCCAGACACAAUGAUUGAAUAUGUGUGGGAUUUCGGCUAUUUAGCUGACAAUGAUUCAAGAAAAUACAUUCACACUAUGCUGAAAACAAGAAUCAAUACUAAUUAUCAUGACUUUUUCGUUUAUUUGAUUUGCUUAUCUCACAAAUACUUCCAAUCAAAAGAAGAUGUAAGCAGCGUAAGUCUUAGAGAUGUCACAAGAUUUAUUAUGCUCUAUUUAUGGUUCAGGGAAUCAAUACAAUCCAAGAAUGAAUUAAGAGGAGAUUUAUUUUAUGAAAAUUUGAAAAAAUAUGGUCUGGCUAUAGACGAUCAAGUGGAUAAUGGAGAUUUUGAUUUAAAAGCUGGAAUUCUUGCGUUUUCGCAUUGCUAUUAUUUGAGGAUUUCAUCACAAAGAGAAAGAAAUGAAUUUCUAGAAGAAAUUGUAAAGGAAUUAGAUGCUGAAUUUCUAACUGUAGAAAAAAUACUUAAAAUAGUGGAAGAGGAGCAGAAUGAUUAUUUGGCCAGAAUGGAAAUAACAAAAGGGACAGCUUUAAACCAAGCUUUAAGAGAAAAUAUUUUUGCUGUAAUUCCAUGCAUCAUCAAUAAAAUUCCAAUUUUUAUAUGUGGAAAACCUGGAUGUAGUAAAUCAUUAUCAAUUCAGCUUAUUUUUGCUAAUUUAAGGGGUGAAAAAUCAACUGAUCCUUAUUUUAAAAUGCUUCCAGAGCUAACAUUAGUACCGUUUCAAGGAUCAGACUCGUGCACAUCAGAAGGUAUUUUAAAGGCAUUUGAAAGGUCUAAAAAGUUCCUAAAUGCUGACUCCAAUUUAUUGCCAGUUAUUGUAUUUGAUGAAAUUGGGCUUGCAGAAAUAUCUAACUUUCCCCUUUGAUUUAUCAGCAAAAUAUUAAAGAAGGAGAAUUAAUUUUUUCUUUAUAAUUUUAUAUUAAAAUUCUAUACAAAAAAAACCAAGAUUUGUAAAUAUAUGGAUAAUUUAAUUUAUAAAAUAAAUGUUUUAUAGUUUAAAAUUUAAUAUUAUUAGCUGGCGAUCUCAUUAUUAUAAUCACUGAUUAUAUCAGCUUUUGUUUAAAAAAAAAUAAUUACCCAAGAGUAAGCAUAAUCCACUUAAAGUCCUACAUUCUCUACUAGAAAUAGAAAAUAAUGUGGUAGGCUUUAUAGGAAUUUCUAAUUGGAGGCUUGAUGCUUCUAAAAUGAACAGAGCUUUAUAUCUUGCGAGACCAGACCCAGAUGAAAAAGAUUUAAUUCACACUGCUAUGAGCAUUUAUAUUUCAUAUAGCGAUGGCCUCAGAACUCAUGAAUCAGUCAUAAACAGUCUUGCAAAAUCAUACUUUGCUCUGAAAAAUGAAUAUAAAAAUACUGAAUUCACAGAUUUUUAUGGGCUGAGAGAUUUUUAUCAUUUAAUCAAGCAAGUGUCAAAAAAUCUUAUUAAUAGAAAUGUUUUAGAUAAUCAAGAAAUUGCAAUGGUUGUUAAGCAAAUAAAUUAAAUUAAACGAAUUAACUGGACAUAAACGGGCAAGAAGAUUAGCCUUUGCCUCAUAUCAGCUCCAAAGCCUCCUUCCUCGCUCCAAUAGACAAAAGAGGGAUAGAUAGGCAGCCAUCUUGAAUUUCCGACCUGAAACACCUACCCAAGGGAUUUGCUUCCUAGGGCAGACACCGCCUAUCUAGCAAUCUAGCAGGGACGGGAAAACUCUGGGGAGAAACAAAACUUCCCUCUUCGGCAAGGCAUCCCCAAGCCUGAAGGCCUACUAAAAAGGAGCAGAGCCCUGAUUUCAGCUUCAUCAGAAUGGGUCCUACCUACUUCAUAGGGGGUGUUCCUAGAGUCUAAUUUCCAUCAAUAUCACCAUUUUAUUUCUUUGUUAAGCAAGGAAUUGAAAGAAAUUUUGGGGGAAAGCCAGGCUCUUCAAAUAAAAUGGGACUAUUUUUUGCCCAGGUUCAUCAUUUUGAGCACAUUUACCAAUAUUUGCCAGAAAUAAACGUUUUAGAUCUCAUUAAUGAUAAUUUAAGAGAUCCAAGCUCCAGGUAUUUAAUGCUCAUUGGAAGAGUGGAUGUUAUCACAUAUAUAAUUGACAAACAUUUGAACUCAUUAGCAGAACGAAGAAUUAUUGUAGGAAGCAAGCUAAAGAAUGAUACUGAUCAAGAAGAGUAUAGUUUUAGGUCUCUGACUCCCCCCCUUUAAAUUGGAACUAAAAAUUUUGUUCCAAUUUAAAGGGGGGUUAAAUUUUUUUUUAAAAAAAAAAAUAUCAAUAUAAAAUUUUUUAUAAAAAAUAUAAAAAUUUAAAAAAAAAAAAUUUCAAAAACUUAUCGAAUUAGAUCAAUAAAUUUGUUUAAUAAAAACGCUAUUUACUCUUUAUCCUUUAAAACAAAGCAAGAUAUAACUAAAUUUUCAUUAUUAGUUAAUACGCCACUAUUAAUUGGUAUCAAAAUUAUUUACACAAAAAUUUUUAUUUUUACUGAUAAACAAAAAAUUAAAAACAAAAACAAUUUUGGAAAAUUUAUCGAUCAAAGUGCUAAAUUUUGUUUAAAUAAGAUGUUAUUUAUACUCUAUUCUUUAAAAUAAAGCAAGAAAUAAGUAAAUUUUGAAAUUUUAUAAAGAAUUCCGAUUGAAUUUAUAUCAAAACUAUCCAAAUAAAAAAUAUCAUUUUUAUCAAAAAAAACAAAAAUUUUUUUGAAAAUUUUUUAAAAAAAAAAAAAUUAAUGUUUUUUUUAAAAUUUACCAAUUAAGGAUAAUAAAUUUAUUUAAAUAAGAUGCUCUUUAUACUUUUUUCUUUAAAAAAGAGCAAGAUAUAAAUAAAUUUUUAAUUUUAGUUAAGAAGAAACAUUGAACUUAUAUCAAAACUUUUUAGAUAAAAAUUAUAUAUAAUUUUUUAUUAUAAAAUUAAAUUUUGUUCCAAUUUAAAGGGGGGCUAAUUUACCAAAAAGUGGAAAUUUUACCGAUAUUUUGUUCCAAUUUAAAGGGGGGGGGGCGUGAGUGAUAUUAUUCUCUAUAUGGAAAGAGGAAUUUCUGUAAUACUAAAAGAUAUGGAUCACAUAUACAGCUCUCUAUAUGAUUUAUUUAAUCAGAAUUUUGCCGUUUCAGGAGAAGGGGAAGGAGAAAGGAGAUAUUGCAGAAUUGCAUUAGGUGCACUUUUUAAUCCAAGAUGUUUUGUGCAUAGCAAUUUUCAUGUCAUUGUCUUUAUGAAUGAUGAUGAAAAUAAUCUUCUGAAGGCAGAUGCUCCAUUUUUGAAUAGAUUUGAAAAGCAUUGCCUAUCGUUAGAAUCUAUGCUAAACCAGGAACAAGCUGGCCUUUUGACUGAAUUAGAAAAUUGGGUAAAUUCAAUUCUCUCUUAUCAAGAUGACUCUGAUCUCAUUUUUACUAAAAAUCAUAUAUUCCCAAUUUACAGCCGAGAAACACUUGCUUUGCAAAUAUUGUUUGAUGAUAGUAAAAAUAAAAAUCAAGUGCUAAGUGAUUGCAAAAAAACUCUCUUAAAAAUAGCCCCAGCAGAUAUACUAAUAUUACUUGAACUAAAUUCAUUAGACCAUGAAGAAAAAAGCUUUAUCAAUAGUCAUUGAAGAGAAUUUCACAGUCAAAAAUUCCCUGAAGUUUUGAAAUUAAUGAUAGAAAAUCAAGCACCUUUUGAUAAAUUAAUUGCAUUUACCUAUGAUAAUAGAUUAGCAAACCAAAUUCAAGAAAUAAAAAGUGAUGAAAUUGUUAUAAAUGAAAUCAGCAAUUUUGGUUCUGAAAGAGAAAUCACUCAUAUAAAUAAAAUGGCAUUCGGUUCGAGAGAAAUUAGCUUUGCUAAUUUUCUCUCCCUCAUGGAAUUUUAUUUAUAGGGUUAGGUUUUCACUCGAGAACUUCUGGACAGCAAUAGCGGUUUAACUCUGGGGAUAACCAGAGGAACCACUCCUCAGUCCACUCAAGAUUUCGGGCUUUACCUCUCAGCACAUCCCCACGGGAGGAUGACCCUUAGGCGGAACGGAACACGCGCAGGAGCUGAGUCGGGCGACAAGGGCGACGGCAACGCGCCGGGUGAGACGUGCAGCAAGGCCGGUGAAGCAGGAGGAGUUGAUAGAAGGCUUGGACGGGGCUGACCCGUGCCAAGAUGGCUCGCCUACGUCAUCAGUUUUGCCAUAGGCCCUUUUGGGCUGCGGCACUAGACACCUUAAACACCAGAUAAUUAAGUAAGUAAGAAAGAGAAAUCACUAACUUUUCUCUUCGUGAGCCAGCAAAAUUUUUUAAUUUCUCAGGGGAUAUCUUUUAAAUAAAAAUAUUUUAUUUUUUUGCACAGGAUAAACAUUUUUUUCUGGCUGUCCAGUGUCAUAUUUUAUUUUUUUUUUUUUUUGAAGAAGAAGAAGAAGAAGAAGAAAUAGGAUAAUAGUUAAAUGCUUUCCCACAUAAUUUUUUAUUAAUAUACUAUUUUGUCAAUUUAAAAAUCCUAAAAUUGGUUAGAAAUUUCAUUUUAUAAAAAAAAUUGUUUAUUAAAAAAAUUUUUAACUUGCUCGCAGAGGGUGAUUUUUCUAAUCACAAAGGAGGGGAGUAAAGAUAUUGAGGCAUUUUACUAUAGUGAAACUAAAUCAUUAUACAUUUUAGAGCUUGAUUUUUCAAAGGAUAGCAGCCAUCUUUCGCUAAUAAAAUUCAUCAUUGACCGUGAAGAAAAAGAAACUAAAGAUUAUUGGAAAUGCAGUAAAUUAGUGUGUGUGAUAAUUCAUAUGACAAGAAACAUAAAAUAUGACAGCUCUGUCAUUUUGUUUGGCUCAUGGGAAAUUAGAAUGUUUGAUGAUCUCUCAAUGGAAACACUUGAAAUUUCAGACGAGCUGCUAAAUAAAACCACUAAAGAGCUUAUCCUUGAAAAUCAAAUAGUAAACUUCGAAGAAAAUAUUGGGUCUUUAGUAGAAAAUUGCAUUUUAAGAUUUAAAUAUGAGCAAACUAUUUAUGCUAGCAAAGAAAAAUUAAACUCCUACCUUCUAGAUAUUAUUGAUAAAAUAGCAAAAGAUGAAAUUCUAAUUGAAGCUCUUAAAGAAAAAUCAUUUAAUCUAAUUAGACAGAAGCCGAGAGUUAAAGACUGAAAAUCAGAAAUAUUUUAUAAUAGUGAACUUGUAUCAGACUCAAACCGAUUAUUUACAGCAAUUACUUCAGCAAUUUCAAGAGAAAUAGAAAGUGCACUGACUAUCCUUAUUUAUCUUUUGGAAGAAAAGUCAGCAUUAUUAAGCUAUUUUAGUGAAAAAGAUCAAGAGUAUGGAGAAGAAAAAAGAAAUGUUUGGUUGUCAAUCUUUAAAACUAUGAAGACGGGAAAUAUUGCACUGCAAAAUGUAAAUCAGGGAAAUAUUUUGAAGCUCGAAUUUGAGCUUAAUUUUCCAUUCUCAAAGCCAGAAUAUAGGACUAUUACAGAGCUUUACAAAAUAUAUAAGGUAAAUAAAAGGGAUAAAGAUGCUCUAGGAACUUUUGUUGAAAGCUACAGAGAAAAAACAGUUUAUAAAGAUAAUUUAGCUAUUAUAGAGCAAAAUAAAUAUUUGCAGGAUAUUUUUAUCAAAGACAUGAUAAGGAUUUGCUUACUCCCCUUUUUGAGUGAAUCAAACCAUUGGAAAAUCCCUAUUUUUUGGGUAAAAGCCUUCCCUCCGUUAAUGAAAAAAAAUUUAAAUAUAAAAAAUACUUUGAUAUAUAUGCGAUAGUUAUUAUAUUUAAAUAAUUAGCAAUUCUGUGUAAUUCUAAGCUGCAUUUUAAAGCAUAAAUUUUACAAAUUAAAUUAAUAUUAUUUCGAAUUUUAUUAAAUUUUGAAAAUAAAAUCACUAUCAAAUUUUAUAUAAAAAUUACCUCUUCUGUCAGUGAACAAAAUUUUUUGGUCGCUCACGAAGAAGGUGGAGCUAGCAAGGAACUUAAUGAGCAUGGAAUAUGAAUUUGUAAUUUUUAGACUUUUCUGUUCAAGUGUCAAGGAUAUUGAAAGUUUUGAAGAAAAAUUAAUUUCUUUCAUGAAUUUUGAAAACUUACUAGUCCUUUUGUGCGAAAUCUUCAGUGUAUCUUUGAUUUCUGCUGAGAAUUUGCUUGGAAUAAUAGAAAACUCUAUGCAAUUAGAGAACGAAGAAUACAAAGAAGGCGUAUACACUGAGAGUGAUCAAAGCGAGUCAGAAACAAGUGAAGAGAGUCUUGAAUCGUUUGCUGAGGAUGAUUUUAAUGAAUCUUAACUUAGAUUAUUAUAGAGUGGCUCACGAACAGCCUUAUCAGCUUUUCACGUCCCUUGCUUCUUUCCACCCUCUUAUUUGCCAGUCUGAUUUCACGGACUAAACGUAUUUAUUACUCCCUGACAAAGGGUUGCGCUGCAAUAGAAGCAAAGACCAAUAGCUAUGUAGUUCGUUAAUGGGAUUACCUGUUCCGAAAAAUUCGAAAAGCGAAUUUAUGGUCAGGCUAUAGAUAGAGAUGAAACUUGAAGCUCACUCCCCCCCCCUUUAAAUUGAAACAAAAUAUAGGUAAAAUUCCUACUUUUUUGGGAAAUUAUCCCCCUUUAAAUUGAAACAAAAUUUUAUUAUAAUAGAAAAUUUUAUAGGUAAAAAUCAUUAUUUUAUAUGUAAAUACGUUAAUACCCUAUUUAAUAUGCUUCAAACAUAUAAUAUUUAGAAAUUAAACUCUAUUUUGUCCAAUUGUUCAAUUUAUUGUCUCUUUAAAUUUAUAUAAUUUAUUUUCUAUAAAAUUUUAUCUCUAAAAAAAUUUUCUUAACCCCCCUUUAAAUUGAAACAAAUUUUUUUGUUUCAAUUUAAAGGGGGGGGGAGUCAGGGCGCAACUCUUGGUAUUGUGCUGGAAGAGUGCCAGAUUGGCUAGAAGAACGCCCUAUUACUUUGCUGGGCUAUCCCUUUCCAACUUUCAAGUUCCACCUCUCUCGAGGUAGGGACCUUGCUUAGAUACGAGCUUGCUAUCGGUCAGCCAGAAAUUGUGCUCAUCAGACCAAGUAAAACCUGGCCGCACACUUUCACUACAUGCUGCUCUCCUUCACCAGGGUUUUUAAACUCCUGUCUGACUACAUAUGCUAAGAGGGUAAGCUGAUUUGCACACCAUUUUUAUAUGUGAUUUUAAUGAAUCAUUAAUAAACUUCAUAAGAUAAAGUUCAACUCCAAAUGAUUUAUAAUAUUUUUUUUAUGAGAUCAUAAUUAAAUAUUAAUACAAUCAAUUACUUAUGUCCUAAAAGUCCUCAUAAAAGAAAUGAUGCCCAAACAUGAAGCAUUGAUCGUUGACAAAAAUGGCUUGGAUUAUCCAAUAAGAGUUGAGAAAAUUUAUAAUCUGCUUGCAGAAACAGAAUUAAAAGGAAAAUUAGAACUAGAAAACUUGGAUGAGCUUGAAUUCUGGGUUUAUUUUAGCUCACUUGUUGCAAAAUCAAAGAUAAAUCAGCAAAAAUUAUUAUAUAUUCAUCAAGUAGGACAAUUCUACGCUGAAAAUGAGAAUAGCUACAUUUAUAAUAAAAAAUUUGUAACUUAUAUCUUUGAAAUGAUAAAUUCAGAAGACGAAUUUCAAGAACAAGCUAACGAAAAUGACCUUGCAGCAUUUAAAGCCUCAUAUAUGAAAUUACUUUUAAACAAGAACGCUGAAUAUAUAUUAAAUAUAGCAGAAGAAUUUGAAAAUAGUGAAAUAUGGAAAUAUUCAACAAAAUUAAUUACAACUGCCUUAAACAACUCUGGAUUAAUUGGCACUAUAAGUGAACUUUCUAAAAGAAUAGGGGAAGGUGAAAAUCCUGACUUCGAGAUAGAUGAAAAUCCUUAUUUGAAUGCAAUAGAAAUAUUGCUAUCAGAUAUUGGACUAGAUUGCAAAUUUGCCCUGCUUUUAAGUGAUACAAUUUGCAAAUUUAUUAAAGAUGAAGAACAGCAAGAGCCUGAAGAGCUUGAAGAGUCUAAUGAAGAGCUAAAAGAAGCUGAUAAUCAACAUGAUCAAACUGAAUUUUAUAAAGAGUUAUUGAUUGCUAAAGCGCCAUUAGUCGCCUUUUUGAAUAAUUAUCUCUAUGACUACUCUGGAAAUUUUUCAAAUAUCAAAAAAAUUAAUAUGCAAUUUCAUCUAAAAUAUUCAUCUGCACAAAAAUUUAAAAAAAAAUCCUAUUCAUUAUAAAAAAACAAAUAUCAAUGGUACAAAUAAGAAUUUAUCUGGAAAUUUAUUCUAUGUUAUUAUUAGAAGACUCCAAUAAUUUUGAGCCUGAUCUACAGUAUGCUAUGGGCAACGUGAAUCAAUUUCUUUGCGAAUCACAAUAUGGAGAAACUUUUAGAUUAUUUUGCUUAAAAAAUAUUUUUUAUCAUAAUCAAUUCACAAUAGACGAUCUAUCUAAGUUCUUAAAAGCUAAAAGAGGAGUUGAAUGAAUUAGCAGAAUAGGCCAACUCCAGGUCGAAAAUAAAUUGGAGAUCAUUCCAUAUAUUCAAAAUUUGAAGAAGCCUUAUAUUGAAACAGUAGCAAUUCUUAAUGGAAUUAUUCAAGGGCAAAAUUUUUAUGGAGAACUUUCUACAAAGAUUUUAUUUCCAUUUAAAUUGAAUAAAUAAUAAAAAAUAUAUAAAAAUUAAUAGGCUCAUCAUUUUACUUGAACCAAUUUUUUCACUAAAUUUAAUCAAAUCAAGCUUAGCAUCGAGAAGCCCAAGGGAAAGGCUUGCUUUGGGAUUAGCUUUUAUGAAUGAAGUGUUUACUUUGUUUACUUUAGAUGAACGAAUAAAUGACAACUUAGCUAGAUGGUUUGAAGACAGCAAAGAAAUAGUUGUUGAAGCUCUUGGAGAUGAAUUUUAUUCUCUUCUUUUCAAUUUUAUACACAAUUUCUCAAGAAACUCUAUUUUGCAUCUUUCUAUAGGCCAACCUCAAAAGGAAGUCCAUCAAUCUUUGAUAAUCUGCAUGAUUCUGAUAAAUCUUUUCGCCUAUAAAGAUACAGCCAACCCUCUGACAAGUAUUUUCUUUUCCAGGUCGGGAAAAAUUGAUCGAAAUUUACCCAACCGAUUUAAUAAUAUGUUUAUUGUCGCUUCUGAGCCAAGCCCUAUGCUUCAAUUCACAAGAUCUACUCUGGAAAACUUCAAUAAUCUGAUUUCAAAUACCUUUAUAGCUCCUUAUGCCAGAGGAAGUACUUAUAAAUGCUCUGAUACAUGUGAUUAUAUGUACUUUAUCAGCAAUUGCGGGGGUCCUACACAAUUAGGCAAUUGCCCAUUUUGCGGCCAACAAAUUGGAGGAGUGAAUCACCAACUUGUUCAGAGACCUGGACAUGAAAAUUUGUCUCAUGACGAAGCACUAGCGUUUUUAAGAAAUUCUAUAGCCAGACAAGAAGCACAGACAAGCAAAGGAUGUAAAUACUACAGAAAUAUUGGCGAAAAAAUUUAUAUGAGAGGACUCAAGCCUAUUUCUUCUCAAGCUCUCCAUCUUAUACUUGGAAGCUCUUUAUAUGGUCUCUUAAAGCUGAACUUAAUUUCUGAUAGAGAUUUGAGAGAUAUUCUACCAAAUAAUGAUAAUUACGAAAACUUCUUAAGCAGAGGAAUUGAAGCUGACUUAAAUAAUCUUGAAAAUAUGUUAGGCACUAAUGAAAGGCAUGUAUGGCUGUAUGAAGUGUUUUCUCAUUUACCAUGAAUUAUUGAACAAAUUAGCAGAGAACCAUCUGAAAAAGAUAUACUGUGCUGAGGUAUUAAGUAAAUCUUUUGCUCGACAAAUUAAAAUCGAAACAAUUAAUUUUUAACUUGUAUUCCAAAUAAAUAUAUUAUUAAAUUUUCCAAUGCACUAUAUAAGAGAUGAUUUUGAAACAUUUUUUGAAAAUGAAAUAAUUAAUAGUCGUCUAAGUACGCCAGCAGUUAUAAUGGACUACAAAAAUAGACUAAAAUCAGAUUUGGAGUUUGAAGCUUCGUUUAAAGAUUAUAUUGAAGAGCUAAAAGGCCCUGAAGAUGAAAAUUAUCCAAUGCUCAAAUUCUUCAGGCACAACGAGGAGCCCAGCUUUGAAGCGAUGAAAAAUGCUUUUGAACUGGAAAGAGAAAACAAAAAAUAUGGGCUAUUGCGCAUUUAUUUCCAAAAUUAUGAAGAUAUCAAAAAAGUUGAAAGUCUUUAUCCAAUAAUUGAAUUUACCAAUGCUCUAUUAGAAAUUUAUAAUCACACUAUUCCUCGUGAAGAAGCUAGGGUGCUGACAAUAGGUGACGCUAUAAAAGAUAGCAAAAAUAAAAAUCUCGAGGCCCUGUUUGAUAGCUUUUUAAAGGCAUGGGAAACAAAAGGACUUGAUGAAAUGCAGUAUGGCUGUAAAGCCCUUAAAAAUAUUCCUUUCAAUAGAUCAAGCAGUUUAAAUUUCUUUUUGAUAGACAAUAAAGAGCAUGGAGGAGGCAUGUAUAUGGCAUCAGCAAUGCUAGAGUUGGCGGAAAUUCAGAAUAAAAUUUUACUGCAGAUGAAUAAUGAAAUUAGCUCAGAGAAACAAGUUGAAAACUUAAAUAUAGUUGAUCCUAUAUUUUAUCCUUUGCAAAGGGUCAAGAAAGAAAAUCUACUAUCGUUAGAGAUUGAUGAUAUUACGAUAAUGCGGAUUUGCUCGUUUAAUAAUCCUGAAUAUGGAAUGGGCAGUGAAAUCUCUUAUGAUUUUGAAAGACUGCAAAUAAAUUUGGUGAAAAAUAUUAUCAAUAAAAAGUUUUUAUUCUACUUAUAUGUAUAAUUAAUCUUUUUAGUCUGGAGGUCUGAGCCUUAUUUUUUUAAGAUUGAUGCAGCACAAUAGAUAUGAAAAUAUCAGUUUAAUAUAAUAUAGAUUAGAUAAGACAAAGCUUGAUUUAAUCCAAUACCAGCUGGAAUUACUAAAUAUGCAAAAUGAAGAGUCUGGGCUUAUUUUAGAAAUCAGGAACUCAGUCCAUCAAAAACACUUUGAUGAAGAAACAAUGAUAAAGGUAAACUAUUUCUUAACUCCUCAUCUUGAUCAACCGAUCAUAACUGCUCAAUAAAGGAUAAAAAACCCUAAAAUAACAAACUAUAUAUAUAAAUAUUUUAACAAUUUUAAUAAAGAAUUUUAUUUAUGUGGUUAUGAAGGUAAAAGAGAGAUGCGCUGAAAAUCAGCAUUAAAUUAGCGUAAUAAUAAUAUAGAACAAUUUUUUUCCAAAAAAUAUUUUAUGCUCUAGCUACAAGAGAUGAAGUAUUAAAUAUAUUAGCAAAUAAGCUAUAAAUCGCAUUAAAAUUCAUUGAAAACGCAUAUAUAAUAUAAUCUUUUAAAUUCAUUACUAUCAAAUAUAGGUAGUUAAAUUUGAGGUUGACCAGUGAUUUUAUAAAAUCGUUCGAUCAAUAGAAUCUAGGUUAAUUUCACCUAUUUUUAGGAAAUGGUAUCAUAUCAAAUAUUGGGAGUAAGAGAUUUAGAAGCUCGAGAAAGAGGAGGAAUUUCGAUAAAACUCAAAGAAAUUUAUGGCUCAUUAAACUAUAUUUUGUGCUAUCUCAAAAAUUCAAAAAUAAAUCCUGAAAAAAACAUAUCAGAAUUUUGUAGAGAAACUCUAAAUAUGACUAAAAUCAGCGAUUUCUUUAAAUCCAGAAGCCAUUUAUCAAGCAUAAAAUUAGAAAACAUUAUUGCUUUAUAUGAAAAAAUCGAGCAAGCUUAUUUCCCUUACAUGCUGAAAUUUAUCAGAGCUGAAUAUAAAAAAGAAGAUAAGUCAGAUAAUUUUGAGCAAAGAAUUAUUGAAAUAAUCCAACAAUGUGACAGUAGCAAUGGUUUUCCUGAUAGGCAUGAAGUUCAAUAUGCGCUGCUUAGAUUUAUUAUAAGAUGCUUAACUGCUGACUUGAAUGAAGCUUUACCUAUUAAAAUGUAUGCUUACUCCCCCUGUGAAGGAAAAAUCAUUGGAAAAAAAUCCCUUGGGUAAAAGUUCAUCUAAAACCUUUUUUAAAAAAUAUUUCAAUAUAUGAAAUCUCUAGCUAAUUCUGUUUAAUUUUGAAAGCUUGCAUUUUAUAAUAUAGAUUUUAUAUAUUAUAUUAAUUUUUACUUCUCAAUUUUUUAAAUUGGAUUUUUUUAAAUUUCGGGAAAAAAAAAACUGUAAGCGAAUAAAAAUGUUUUCAUUUUGCUUACGAGGGUUAGCUGAAUUGAUUUUUAUUUUAAGGGCAAUUUUUAUCUCACAAAUAAUAAGAAAUUUAUUUAGGCAUGAUUUGAAGACAAAUAUCAGGUUUUAAUGAAUUUAUUAUAAUUCUUUUAAUAUUAAAUUGGCAAAACCUUAUAAUUCGACUAUAAAGUAAAAGUGCAAUAAAAAAUUAUAAAUAUAAUACUAAAAAUCAAAUUUAUUUAAAAAUUGAAUAUAUCACAAAAAGUGAUUUUUGGGAUAUUGAUAUUGGAUUCGAAAAAAUUGAAAACCUUGGUGCAGCUUUUUCAGAUGAAAUUUUAGUGUCCCAUUCUGUUUUUGUUUUCAAUAAAAUUCAGACAAUAAAUAGAGAACUUGACAAUCCUAGAGAAAAAACGAUGCCUAAAGUCAAAAAGAAUUCAGAGAAGUCUCUAAAAAAAUCAUCGUCAAAAAGAAUGCAGCAGAUUGAUAGAAAUUUUAGGAGAAUAAGAAAAUGGCGUCGUCGAGAAAACUCCUCUCUGAGGAAUUUUCUCUCCUUUGGCAAUUUUAUUAUUAUAGGGUUCAGUUUACCAGUGAGACCUUAUCCAACUAUGUCAGGUAAACAACGAGGAGGGUUGCACAGUCUCCUGGCCUGAUCCUUGGAUGUUUGGUGGGCGCAGGGUUUUACUGCUUGACACUUCCGAGGAGGGAGACCCACAGGCAGCACAACGCGCAGGAUUCAAGUUAUGAGCGAGGUAACGCAGCCCGUGAGAUCUUGCAACCAACGGGCUGUCAUUUGCUUAGGAUGGUCAGUCGACCCGAUAAUAAGGGUGACGUCAUCAAUUGGUGGCUACUGGGGUGAGCCCUUGUGACUUUGCUAAAUUAUCCUGCGGAGCUGGAGAAACACGUUAAAUGCUCUACAUAAUGCUAAUGUUAAUAGUAGAAAUUUUAGAUAA